CUCUAUAUAUAUACAUGAUCCUCACAAUAUCUUUACCUAGUCUUCAUUCAUCGCACAAUCAACGAUAAGCAUGGCCUCUCUUUCUUCCCCCGGAUCGAUUUUUUACGUCCUCCUUCUCAUUCUGUGUUCGUCUGCUAUCCUAUUCGCAGAUGAGACUAAGGAAGAAGUUGAGGAUGAACACCCAUUCCUGUACGAAGAGGAAACCGGGAAAGGACCAAAAAAUUGGGGGAGUCUGAAGCCAGAAUGGAAAAUCUGUGGGACUGGGAAAUUGCAAUCUCCCAUUGAUCUUCUAGACGAAAGGGUCCAACUUUGUCCAGACUUGGGCAAACUCAAGAGGGACUAUAAACCUGCUCCAGCUACCAUCAAGAAUAGGGGCCACGACAUUGUGGUCCAUUGGAAGGGAUAUGCAGGGCAGAUUAACAUAAACGGAACUUAUUACAAACUAGUACAGUGCCACUGGCAUACACCUUCGGAGCACACGGUGAACGAGAAAAGGUUCAACCUGGAGCUCCAUGCAGUUCAUGAAUCAGAUGAUGGAAAGUCGGCUGUUAUUGGAAUUUUAUAUGAAUAUGGCCGCCCUGAUCCCUUGCUUUCAAAGCUAAUUCCCCACAUAAAGUCCAUUGGUGAAGAAGAGAGAGAUUUGGGAAUCUUAAACCCUGGAGUCAUUAAAUUUGGAAGCAGGAAGUAUUAUAGAUACCUCGGAUCUCUUACGGUUCCACCCUGCACCGAAGGCGUCGUCUGGACUAUAGUGAAGAAGGUGAGGACAGUCUCUAGGGAGCAGGUGAAAGCAUUGAGGGACGCUGUUAAUGAUGGAUUCGAGGAAAAUUCAAGGCCUACGCAGGAACUUGACGGAAGACCACUUUGGUUAUAUACUAAGGGACCAUAAAAAUAUGUAAGGUAGGGAGGGAAGUGAAAACCUUGUAUGGCCGUUGACGUUGUCGGAUGGACAACAAAUAAACCAUUUUGGUAU